CAUCCCGAUGGAUCCUUAGGACGGGACUCGACACACACACACACACACACACACAGCCCAGCAGUAGCGUUCACCGUCUGUCGCCAGCGUGUGCAUGUGAACGGAUUCUUGCCCUUUUUUACCAGGGAUCUACGGCCACACGGACGUCAAAAUGUGUGGCUGAAGAACACAACUCGGGAUUACAGCUGUCUAAAUCCCUUAUUUUGUCCUUCUGUGACUGUCCAAACUGAGGAUUUGCUCCGGCCAGCGCAGCGAUCAUGUCGGGGAAAAUGGAAAGCAAGCACGAAUCCCAGAAGUCUCACCUCUCCUCUUUCACAAUGAAAUUGAUGAAAUUUCAUUCCCCGAAGAUUAAACGAACUCCAUCUAAGAAGAGCAAACAGCUCCAGCCAGAGCCUACGGUGACGACUCCAGAGAAACCAGUCAACAAGAAGGUGAGUCGGUUGGAGGAACAGGAAAAGGAGGUGGUGAGUGCUCUACGUUACUUUAAGACGAUUGUGGACAAGAUGAACGUCGAUGCGAAGGUUUUGCAGAUGCUUCCUGGUUCGGCUAGUAAAGUAUUGGAGGCCAUAUUGCCGGUGAUGCAUGUAGAGGCUCGAAUACAGCACAGUUCGGCAGUGUCCUCCUGUCAUAACCGCGUCUAUCAGAGUUUGGCGAAUCUGAUUCGCUGGUCCGACCGGGUGAUGCUGGAGGGCAUCGACCUCGACGACAAGGACACUGUGGCAACCGUCACCACGGUGAUCAAAGCUGUGCUGGAUGGUGUGAAGGAGCUAGUGAAACUCACUAUAGAGAAACAGGAGCAACCAUCCCCGACAUCCCCCAGCAAACCAGCACCUACUCUGUCCAAAACAGAGAGUGUGUGUGAAAAUCCUCUUACCGAGCGAGAGAAGGCGAUCCUGAGUAAGACCACGCCCAUUGUCCCGCCCACUGCCAGCUUGACUGACAUGUCAGAGGAAGAGGUUGCUCCGCCCAAACCUCCUCUACCUGAAGUUAAACUGGCAGAGCACAGGAAAAGGAUGCAGUUGUGCUCCGAUCCUGUUGCAGGGCAGCGGAGGGCCACAGCGAUGGAAACCCCGCCCGCUCUGCCUCCCAAGAAGCGACAGUCGGCCGCCUCCCCCACACGUGUUGCUGUGGUAGCACCGAUGAGUCGAGUCCCAUGUGGUCCCAACCUGCCUCCUGGAGCUCUGAGACAGCAGGAGUUUGACGUGGAUCUCCUCCAGAGGCGUUUCUCCGGUGGGAGCCAGUCAUACGACGGGGAUUCACCUCGUCUUUCUCCCUGCAACAGUAUGGGAAAACUCAGCAAGUCCGUCGAGCAGCUCUCAUCUCUGGAGCGAGACAGUGGCCAGUGCUCGCGCAACACUAGCUGUGAAACACUAGAGGGAUACGAUCCAGAUUAUGACUUCCUGCAUCAGGAUCUAUCCGAUUCCGAGCCUUUACCGUUUCCGACAGGCACUGGUAGCAGUCUGAGCCCUCUCCCAGAAUGCCACGGGGAGUCUCAGUCGUUAAGCCCCGCCCAUGUCCCCACCCACCCACGUUUCAGCGCUCCCGUCACUAAUCAGGCUUCCCCGGAGUACUGGACUCCGCCCCCCACACCUGGACCGACCAAUAGCGUGCUUCCCCCCGCCCUCCCGCAGAAGCAGCGGCGGUCUGCGCCGAUCAUAUCGGCGUACCCUCUUUACGAGCGCCUCCCAUCGCACUACGAGAACCUGUCAGAAGAGGAGCAGCCCACGCUGCCGUUCCCGCUGCUGCCGCAGGUCAACGGAGACGACCUCUCGCACUGCACCGACACUGACAGCCCUCCGCCGCUGCCAGAGAAGAAGGGCAAACAGAUCCUCCAGUACAUGCAGUUCAUGGAGGAUUACUCUGAACCGCAGCCGUCCGUCUUCUACCAGAUGCCUCAGAACGAGAGUAUUUACGAGCAGAGGAGGAACAAGCGCUUUCAGGAGGUUUACGGCUUCAACGAUUCCUACAGCAGCUCGGACUCCGUCCACGAAGCCGUCCCUCCGCCAGCGCUGCCUCCCAAACAGAGACAGCUGGCCUCCUACACUUCUUCUCCUCCUCCUCCUCCUUCAUCCUCCUCUUCCUCUUUUUCAAUUCCCCCUCCUCCUGCUGGGCUUCUUGAGGAGGCGGAGCCUGCUCUUGGUCUCAGCCUAUCAGUGUCUAACUCCUUCCUCAGUGGCCACGCCUCUUUGACCACACCUGUGAGUUCUGACCUGCUUGGUUUGACCAGUGCCGGCAGAGCUCUAGAUGGUGGGGGUGUCUCUAACGGGUCCUUGACCAGCUCUCCGGUCUCUCUGGCCAUCUGUCCUCCGUCUGAGUCUUCUCUUUCUGAUUCACUUCUUACCUCUGCGAGUGAAAGUGUUGAUGAAGGCGGUGAGGGAGAGUAUGUGAACCUGUACUCCUCCACACAGGCUAAUGGAGAAAACACACACCGCGCUGACCCCUCGUCAUGUGAAGAUGAGGUUCAGGAGCACACCCCUCACAUACCCACCUCCAACAGCAAAGAAGCCUUGUCUAAGGACAGGCCGAAGGAACCCAGUCAUGGUCAGAUCAAUGAUGUUGAUGAACUGUCCCUCAUUGAUCAUAAUGAGAUUAUGAACCGUAUCGCACUCAAAGCAGAGAAUGAUGAUGGUCCUGAUGUGAGAGCCGGCUCUGGUGAUAUACUGUUAGUUCACGCUACAGAAACAGACCGCAAAGAUUUGGUGCUUUACUGCGAGGCUUUUCUCACCACCUACAGAACCUUUAUAACGCCCGAAGACCUCAUUAAAAAACUACACUACAGAUAUACUCGCUUCUGUCACAGUCCAGACACCUUUAGGAAGCGUGUCAGUAAAAACACGUUCUUUGUGCUGGUGAGAGUCGUGGAUGAACUCUGUCUGGUGGAGCUGACCGAGGACAUCCUGAGGCAGUUGAUGGAUCUGGUCUUCCGGCUGGUCUGUAAUGGAGAGCUGAUUCUGGCGAGGGUCCUGCGAAAGAACAUCCUCGAUAAAGUGGAACAGAAGAGGCUCCUGCGACACAUGCACAUGCUCAAACCUCUCGCCGCGCGGGGCGUCUCUGCCAGGCCCGGCACGCUGCAUGAUUUCCGCAGUCAUGAGAUCGCCGAUCAGCUGACGUUGCUGGACGCAGAACUGUUUUACAAGAUUGAGAUUCCUGAGGUGUUGCUUUGGGCGAAGGAACAGAAUGAAGAGAAAAGUCCAAAUCUGACCCAGUUUACAGAGCACUUUAACAACAUGAGCUACUGGGUGCGCUCUAUCAUCAUCCAGCAGGAGAAAGCUCAGGACAGAGAGAAACUGCUGCUCAAAUUCAUCAAAAUCAUGAAGCACUUGCGGAAACUGAAUAACUUCAACUCUUAUUUGGCGAUUCUCUCGGCGCUGGACUCUGCACCAAUCAGACGACUGGAAUGGCAGAAACAGACGUCUGAGGGUUUGGAGGAGUACUGCACCUUGAUUGACAGCUCGUCGUCCUUCAGAGCGUACAGAGCGGCGCUAGCAGACGUGGAGCCUCCAUGCAUACCAUACCUGGGUUUGAUCCUACAGGACUUGACAUUCGUUCACCUCGGAAACCCGGAUUUUAUUGAUGGUAAAGUGAAUUUCUCCAAGCGCUGGCAGCAGUUCAACAUUCUGGACAGCAUGAGACGCUUCCAGCAAGUACACUACGAACUGAAACGGAACGAAGACAUCGUCUCGUUCUUCAACGACUUUAGCGAUCACCUGGCAGAGGAGGCAUUAUGGGAGCUCUCGCUCAAGAUCAAACCACGAAUCAUCUCGCGGCGCAGGACAGAGCGCGAGGAGAAGACCUAGAACCUAAAAUCUAGAACCUCAGAGACAGUUUACGGUGAGACCUGAACCUCCUGCAGAACCUUGGGAACCCACACUAGAGUUCUUAAUCCGGUUCUGGAGCUGAUAUGGGCUGAACCGACACACGCAGGCUCCUAUUUGCACCAAUAAAUUGAGACAUGGGCAGUAUUUUUCCCUGACUGUUGACUUUAAAAACUCAGGAGGGGAAUCCUGAUUCAGUAUAGAUAUUCAGAUAUGCAAUCGCGCGCACACAGAGGACCCCAACGCUGUGAUAUAAAGCUAAAUCCUCACAACUUUCUAUGUUUGCGUGUACUGAUGUGUGGCUGUACAGAAAGACACAAUCUAAGAGGGCUUGGUUGAUUUGAUAUUAAAACACUGUGCCUGAUGGAGUGAGUUUGUGUUUGUUUGUCCCGCUCAGACGUACCGUUCUGACCUCUCAAAGGUCUAUUGAUUCAACCUACGAUUCGCCCGUUUGGAAAUGGGUCACUUGGGAAACAGGCAGACAUGUGUGCAAUCUUAUAAGCCUUUUAUAAGGAAUAUUCACUGGUCUGUUGAAAUGAAUAUGUUUUGACAGACGCGUUGAGUAAUGGACUAUUUGGACUAAAUUAAUUUGAAAAUUUAAAGAAUGAACUGGACGUUUGGACUCAUUUUUCACAUCGUCUUGCUAUAUUGUUUUGUGUGUGAUCAUGUGCAUCCCUCAUUAUAACCGUUUACGCUGUCACAUGACUGACAGUUCCUCGAAUUCCAAAAAAAUCGUCAAGAACGUGCUUUUUUACCUUAAAAAAAAAUAAAAUUUACAUUGUGACAUUAUUUUCAUGACUAUUUCUUUUCAUGCACAUUUACUUCCCAAUUAUCAGUAGCUUGCAAAAUGCAAAUAAAUAAAUGAUUACAUAAAGAAAUUCAAAAAUGCAUGAAUAUUAAAAUAUUAAUGUUAAUUUAAAAUCAAUUUAAUGAGUAAAAUCAAGGCUUAUUAAAAAGUAAUGUGCAUUUGUAAGGCACAAACAUAAUGGUAGUAUUUGUUGUACUGUGGAUUAAAUUAAUCCUAAUUUAAAGGGGGAAAAUGGCUCAAAUUCAUAAAACAAAAACAUAAAUUAAAAAGAAAUUUUAAUUGUCCAUAUAGCAUUUAUGCAAUUUUUUCACAAGUUUACAUGAAAAUAUUUUUUUUAAGAUUCAAACAGAAAAUCAUUAAAUUAUUCAAUGCAUAAAAAAGAUUUACAAAUCACAAAGAAAAGUGUUCAUGCUUUAUAAAUAAGGUUGGAGCUAUAUAUACAUAU